AUGGUGGCAGAGGAGGGUUACGAUGGCUUCCUGCGUGCUGAGCUGGACAGGCUCUUCGAGAGCCUCGUGAAGCAGCACCAGGCGGAGGUGGACCAAGCACGACGUCCUCGGUUGGCCGAGGCGAAGAGUGCAGGCUUGGCUUCUGCCGCCUCGGGUUGGCUGAGCCUGGGCAGCGAAAGCGAAGCCGCAGGUCCGGAAGCAGGUGCCAGUUGCACGUCCCUGACUUCCUUCGCCAAGUCGGAUGCGAGCAACGCGGCGAUGCGCAAUUGGGAAGCUCUCACGGAGAAGAUGCUCACGAAGUUCCACGAGGAUCAGCCCGAGGAGCAGGAUGAGGAGCCGGUGCAGAUGAACCCAGAGUUGGAGGCGUUGCUGCUGCGCGGCCCCUGGAAGGUGGGGUUGCAGCACGGGCACCUGAAGCGGGACCACACCAAGAGCUUCCAGCUCUCACCUUUGCCGAAGAUCCAUCGGAUGAGGGACCUGGAGACCGACACGGCAUCCUGCUUGCAGCCCCUGGUGCGGACGCCAAGCAGCAAGCUUCACAUCCUCUGGUCCUUGAUUGGCAGCCUCUUCAUCGUCUGGGAUCUCGUUACGAUUCCCCUGGAGCUCUUCGACGUGCAGGCGAUGAUCGAGUUCCUGGUGUCCGUGGGGAGGUUCUCCUUCGUGUACUGGCUCAUCGACAUGCCCCUGCACAUGAUCUUCGCUGUGGAGGUGGACGGCCAUCUCGAGUUGAGACCCAGGGAGCUCAUACGAAGGUACCUACGUGGAUGGUUCGCGAUCGACCUCAUCGUAAUCUCCAUCGACGCGUCGCUCAUAAUUCUCCAGGAAGUUCAGAACUCCGAGCCCGAAGGGAGCCCGAUACGUUCUGCUCGCUACCUGCGCACAUUCCGACUGCUGCGGCUCCUUCGGCUGCUGCGGGUUGCCAAGCUCCAGCAGGAGCUGACACUGCUAGCGAACCACUUCCUGUCCACCUACGCCUUCAUGGUCAUGAAGAUCGUGUCGGGGCUGCUGAUGAUCCUCGCCGUGAACCAUGUCAUCGCCUGCUGCUGGUACGGCCUGGGCAAGUGGACCUUAGACUCUUCAAGUGGCAGCAGCUGGCUCGUGAAUGCAAACAUGGAAGAGGCAGGCUUCGGCGACUCCUAUGCCGUGUCGAUCCACUGGGCCCUGACGCAGUUCACUCCUGCCACGAACAACGUGGCCCCUGCCAAUGCACUCGAGAGGCUUUUCGCCGUGUUGGUGAUCCUCUUGGCAAUGGGCAUGUUUUCAUCCUUCAUUAGCUCAAUCACGGCGACCGUGAGCACGCUGCGACAAUCGCGCUCCGAGCACUUCAAGCGCCACUCCUUCCUGGUCCGCUUCUUCAACGAGCGCAACCUGUCUAUUGAGCUGUUUGGCAAAGUGCACGACGUCUUGAAGAAGCAGGGAUCCUUCGAUCUCCGAUUGAAAGAGGAUGAGGUGCAGCUUUUGGACAAUGUCCCUGAGCGCUUGAAGGUGUACCUCCACGAAGAGAUGUUUCUGGGAUCUCUGAUGUCCCUCCACUGUUGGAGGGGUUGGAAGAAGCUGGACGACGACGAGGACUUUUGCCGCCAGGUUUGCCAUUUUGCCAUGGCCGAGCACGUGGCGACUCCGGGCCAGGAUGCGUUUAUGCCCGGGACGGAGUGCGGGGAGGUCUACGUGAUCGAGGCAGGCUCCAUGGGAUACAUCGCCCGGCAGCUGAACUCGGCCAUGGCGGAGGCCUGCGAGAAUGGGGACGUGCUGUGCCUGCCGUGCAUCUGGGCCGAGUGGCUUCAUCGCGGCCGCCUCACGGCCAACACAGGCGAAACCUGCUACUACGCCGGUCUCAGCUGCGAGAAGUUUGCGCACAUCGUCAAGCAGCACGGUCCCCCUCUCUGGCAGUACAUGCAGAUCUACGGGAUCCUGUUCAUCGAAGAGAUCGAGCACAUGGAUGCCGAGGACUUCUUUGUGACCGACCAAUGCCUGGCAGACGAGCGUAUGGAAGAGAUCGCCAUGCGAGCCCAGCGUUUCGCCAACAUGGUCAAUGCGAAGAGUGGCACUUCGUUCAUGGCGACCUUGGCGGCCAUGGCGAAUCAAGCUCACCAAUGGCCUCAGUCGCCUCAAGCGCCUCAUUCGCCCCACUCGCACCAGUUACACUUGCAUUCGCCGAGCAAGAGCAUCCUGGACAUCGGCUCCCGGACGAAGCUGUGA